AUGUCUUUAUUUCCAGCUUAUUCCAGUGACAAAAAUAAAUCUUCGACUUCUAACGAAUCAAAGAAUUUUACAAAAGAGAAUGAAUCAACCAGUUGGUUAUACAAUUCUAGUUAUUUAGAACAAAUUUCAUCUAACAAUUUUGUUAAUUUUUCUUCUGAAUCUUCAGAUGAAACUACACAUGAAACUUCUUAUUUAUAUAAACAAGAGAACUUAUGCACUACUUCUUUACAGAAAGAAAAAUGUGGAGUAGAAGAAAGAAAAAAAAUUAAACGUAUAAAAAAGAAGAAAAAGGAUAAAAAGAAAUAUGCAUAUGAAAAAGAUGUAAAAAAUGUAUAUUUUGAAGAUAAGUUCAGAGAUAAGGGAAAUAAUACUCUAAAAACAUUGUAUUCUAGAGUUAGGCCAUAUUAUAAUGUUAAAAAAAAUUCCCUUGGUUUUAUUCCAUACAAACAAUCAGUCAAAAAUACUUAUGAAAGGUACUAUGUAAAAAAUAUUGAUUACACAGAAAAAAAUAAGAAAAAUGAUACCAUUAUUAGAAAGGAAUCUACUAACGAUUCAUCUAAAAAAGAAGAAUGUAUACCUUCAUGGUAUGUUAAAUUAGAAGAAUUACAGAAAAACAAAACUAAAGAUUAUAAUGAAAAAUUAAUAGAUAAUCCAAAUGAUAUUAAAUUAUGGAUUGAAUAUAUAGAAUUUCAGGAUUCAUUAGGAUAUUUUCAACAAUAUCAAACAGCAAAGGAUGUUUAUAGAGCAACAACAUUAAAAAAGUUGUCUAUAAUUGAAAAAGCUUUAGAGAAAAAUGUAGAAUCUACAACCUUAUUAAAAUUAAAGUUUUCCUUUAUGAGAGAACUUUUACCUGCUGAUGAAUUUUCAAAGCAGCUUGAAAUAUUGAUUAACAAAGAUUCAGGAAAUGUUAUUUUAUGGCAAGAAUUUAUUAUGACUACACAAACUUCAGUAGCAAUGUGUACAGUACCAAAAGUGUUAGAUUUAUAUUCAAAGUGUUUUUGUAUUUUAAAACAAAAAGCUAGGAUAAAUCCUCGAGUAUAUGAUGAACAAUUAUUACGAAUGUUGUAUUGGUGUCUGACAUUUUUAAGACAUACUGGACUUUGGGAACAAAUGUGGGAAACAAUACGUUUGAAUCUUAUUUUAAACCUUAGUUUAGAUAAAGACAGUCUAUCAUUCAAAAAAACAAUAGAUGAAAAGAAAUUAAUUGGAAUGGAGGAAGUAAUAUUAAUGUCAAGAUUACCACUUAAUCAACUAUGGCAAAGAACAGAAUCAUUAAGAGAAAACUGUCAUUGGAUUAGUGUCAGUAAAAAUGAAUUAGACUUAGUGGGUGAUUCUCGAAGAUUUGUUUUGCCAGAUGAUGUUGCAGAUUUUGUUCAUCCAAUACUUUCAAGAAAUUUGAAUUUUCGAAUGGCAAUUCAUACAAUACUCUUGCUUAAAGUACCAUUGUUACCUACUCGAAAUUAUAUGUUAAAGAUAUUAACAUUAGAAGAACUUGACUGGAGUAUAGAAACUUCAGAAGUACUACUUCCAUUUGCUUAUCCUAUGGUAGGUGAAAUGACUGGUCAUAACCAAAGGAAGGAAUUAUUAAAUGGCAUACUCGAAGGACGUAUAACGUCAGGUCCUCAAUACCUUACAUUUCAUCCUGCACAAGAGUCAUAUUUGGAUUUUAUACGUGAAAUAUUUUUUACAAUUGCUGAAAAUUUACCUUCUCUGCAACGUACAAGUAUAUAUGUUUGGUGGUUAAGAUUUGAGAGAUUACUUAUUUUCCUUCAGAAAGAUGAUCUAUUAAAAUAUGAUAACAAGCGAAAAAAGUUAAAAGCAACGUUAAAAGAAUUCUUUAAAAAAGAUGAUAAUAGAAAUAAUUUACAUUUUUAUAGAGAAUAUGCAUUGAUAGAAAAAGAAAUGGGAAAAUUUGAUAAUUGCAUAAAUAUUUUAGAAACAGCUAUUCAGUCUCAAAGUGCAUGUCCUUCUACAAUUCAAAACCUCGAAGAAAAAUCGGCUCUUUUAAGCUUAUAUCGAACAUUUAUUGAAACUUUACUUGACUCUGAGACAUAUAAAGAAACACAUAAAGCACGCAUAUUUAAUGUUAUGAAACAAAUAGUACCAAAAACAAAUGCAAAUCAACUGCUACAAGUAGAAAAGUAUUUAGAAAAUUGUAUACAAAACUUUUUACAAGAAGUUCCUUCAGAGGAUGAAGAAAAUACAUACUUCUUACCAAAUGUCAAAUGUGAUACAAUUGUAUGUUAUGUGUAUUUAUUAUAUUUAAAAGAUGCUGAUAUUACUAGGACAACUAGUAUAUUUAAAAGCUGUAUAAAUCAUUAUAAGAACAACCAUUAUAUACAGGAAAUAUUGCGUGAAAGUCAAAUUGUACUUUUGCAAUUACAUUAUAACCGAGUUCAAAAUGAAAGCCUUUUAAAAACUGAACUAAAUGAUAUGUUAAAUUUGUAUCCAAAUAAUUUUUUUGCCCUUUCAGUAUUUGCAAGUAUUGAGAGUGAAUUGCCCAUUUGGAAAAGUAAUAGUCGAAUGACAAAAUUUCAAUUGUGGAAAGCAAUUGCUAUAUGUUUGGCAAAUAGAAAACGUAUUCAUUUCUUACAGGAGCUUAAAGAUUAUGUUAGUAUGAAUGCAGCAAUUAACAAAUUAUUAUAUUUUCAUCAGACAAUUGCAAGAAUACCAACAAUUAAGAAUUGUCCUCUGUUGUGGAGAUUAUAUAUGCUCCUUCUUAGGGAAUAUAAUUUAUGUGAAAAGAAAGGAGAAGAAAUAUAUCACGAAAGCGUUGCAUUAUGCCCUUGGGCUAGAAGCAUUUACAUUGAUGCAGCUGAGAUUGCACCUCAAUUUCUUACACAAGUUCAAGAUGUUAUACGAGAAAAAGAAUUGAGAAUGCAUGUUACCCCAGAAGAAUUAGAUAUUUUACGCAGCUAA